AUGCGCGCGGGAAGCGGCGCGGCAACAACAAGCGACAGCAGCGCUAGUGGCAGUGACUUCAGCAUCUCUUUUGUCAAUGGACAGAUCACGUUCAGCAGUGAAGAGGGCGUGUUGUACUCGAGACUUUUCCAUAUCGUCGAUGCGGACACAGAUGGCUACAUUGGCGGUAUCGAAGGCGCGGCGUUUAUCCGUCGAGCGAAGCUGGUGAAUGAUGCGAAUCGAGAGAUCUGGCGACUGGCAAGCGGUGGAAAGUCGCAGGAACGACUGAACAAGGACUGCUGGUUUGUCGCUAUGAAACUAGUAGCACUAGUGCAGAGUACUGGGAAAUGCCAGAUGCAGUGUCUCUACUUUGGAGAGGCGCUGCCACUUGCAAACUUUCAGCUCGAGCAACCAGUCGACAACGUGGUACCGGAAGAGACGAUACCGGACUUCCAACGGUCAUUUGCCGUGUCAGUGAGCACUCCCGUGAUCGUUGGAUCAGGAUACUCUCGCUAUACGCAGUAUGUGAUCUCGACAAAGACGAACUGCUUACACUUUCCUUGUUCCGCUGCGCAAGUCAAGCGCCGGUUUAGUGACUUCGAAUGGUUACACCAGCGGCUGUUGAUGCACUUCCGAGGUACUAUCAUACCGCCGCUUCCGGAGAAGCGCUGGACUGGAAACAUGGAUGCGACGUUUGUUGAAGAGCGGCGCCAAGCGUUGGAGUACUUUAUCAACGAAGUUUGCAGUCAUGAGAAGCUUUCGCAAACACUUGAGCUGCAGAUCGUCCUCACUGCUAGUACUGAGGGCCUUAUAGCUGGCAAAGAGCUGUUGAAAGUGGCAUCUCUUGCUGCCGCGUAUGUCCCGACUCCUGCUUCUGUAAGCUCCUUGUGGGGCUCUUUGAAAGAUGGUGUGUUCUUAUCCGCAAAUAUGCAGCAAGUCGAGAUCAAGACCGAUGAUGACUACGCAAAGAUCGGUCAGCACAUCGAUGAAUACGACAAGCGGAUUCGAGAGGUCACGCGCUGCUCGGACAUUGUCUAUGCUGCUCAACGAAGUGAAGGAUAUGAAUUGUCGCGAUUUGGCACCUAUUUAUCGGCUCUGUCAGAGCAUGAGAAGCACGAUCCGGAUAUGAAGCAGCUUGCUGAGGUCGCUGGCGACCACUUUGAGACCGUGUCAAAUAUCUACCAAGAUCAGCUAGACAAGUUGCUGUCGAUGUAUGUGUCGAUCGUGAGGUACCAGGCGGGCAAAGUAGACGCUGUCAAGACUGUGAUGCACAACCGUGAGUCAGCUAUCCACGAGGUUCAACAAGCAAACGCAAGCAUGCAACGCAACAAAGAGCGCUUCGCGGCUGCUCGAGCGAGUAGUGGGGCAGCCGCGUCAGCCAUGCGAGCUGAGCAGAAAAUGGCUUCGGCGGAGGAUCGCAUGAACGAGGCCAAGGAGCAGGUCCAAUUCAUUGCAAACAGUCUGAAAGUGGAAUCCAAGCGGAUGGGUACCGGACGAACUGCAAAUCUGAAGACGGCAUUGCUUUCGCUAGCAAACCUGGAGCUCGAUUAUCACGUUCAAUCUCAAGCUGCGUGGAGAGGUUUACGUUCGUUCCUCGAGUUGAGCGAGGUCGAGGUUGCUGACAGUCAGCAGCGAGCACAAGCCUCGAUUACGUAUAGAAGACCAGGCGACAAGGAUUUGGGUCAAAUCAUCGGCCUUUUGUGA